GAGAAGUGAUAACGCUUGGAUGCUUACGGUUCCAGUCAUGGCUAGGAAAAUGUAUUUCUUAAUGGCAAUCUGUCUUAUCCUUGUGCAUGAGGUCUUCAGUGAUCUAGGUGUUGGAGAUGUCUGCCCCUUGAGAAAGGAGAAUCCCGAGGGCCAGAUUUGCCAGAAAGCUUGUGCAAUGCACCUUGACUGCCCAAAGAAGAAACAGAGAUGCUUGUGUGACGGCGAAUGUGGGAUGAGCUGUGUCAUAUCCCGCAGCAUCUGUCCAUGGCCUGUAAGCAUUGAGAAUGCUGAGACAUCUCUGAAGCAGGAAACAAGGAGCUUUGGAGAUCAAAUGUUAGUGCGCUGCCUUAUGGGAUUCACAAUGGCCAAUGGACAGGAGGUGGCAGAAAGCCGAUGUCAAGGAGACAAGAAGUGGAGUGUGACAGCGCCCUGUGACGUGAUCUCUACUUGUGAAGAUCCACCCAGCAUAGACAAUGGAUACUUCAUAAAGAAUGGAUAUUUGUUAAAUGGAACAUCGGCCCAGUAUAAAUGCAAUCCAGGUUACAAACUUGAAGGUCACGAGGUCACAGAGUGCCUGGAGGACAAUGUGUGGUCUAACCCCACUCCUACAUGCAACAAAAUCUACUGUUCUCCACCUCCAGAAAUCAAUGAAGGCAUCCUCAUAGCAGUGAAAAAAGCAGAAUAUGAAAUCUCUGAAGUGAUAUAUUACAUGUGCAAAAGGAACUUUUAUACGGAUGGAUCAAACAGUGUUACCUGUAUGGACAAUGGGCAGUGGUCUAAAUGUCCAGUUUGCAGAGCUAGAUGUAAAGUGCCAGUGUAUCGAAGUCGGGUGGUUUACAAAGGGCAGAAGGUCUGGGUCACUGAAAUUGAUGAGGGGCUGGUGCAUCAUUCAGAGAACGUUACAUUUUUCUGCCAGAAAAAAGCUGAAUCCUGCAGUUACACAGCCUCUACUCAGUGCUUUGAUGGUGAUCUCCCACUUCCAGAGUGCUAUGCAGAGCCAACCUGGGUACAGUAUAAUUUGUUCCCCAAGAGACUUGUGUCAGAAAUUUCAAUGUGCGAAGAACUUUAAAGACUCUGAAAGAAUGGAAGAGAUUCUACUAGAAGAAGUACUACAGCUGUCUACAGUAAGAGGACAACACACCUCUUCUUUAGGUUUUAUAAGCCGGACCCUUCCUGUGUGACAGUGUGACAUUGCAUGAUGAUGGAGCCAUUACUUACAAGUUCUAGCUUUGAUUGUUGCUGUGAUGACAUUGAUAUGGAGGUGGCAUAUGGUACUGUUUUCUCUUUUGUGUGUUCAUAAGGAGAUUGUACAUGAUUAUAUUUAUUUGUAAUUACUGCAAUUUCUACUGGAUACAUUUAAUUUUAAUGCAACUCUUCAUUGCCCUGACCUGUAUAUAAUAAGAAUAUAUAAGAUUGCCUUGUGUCUCCUAUAUGUCUCUUCCUUUUAUUAUCUCCAUUAUAUCCUUCUGUCCUUAAUGAAGAAACGCACUGAAGGUGUAGUUUACCCCAUCAGGAAGCUUUCCGUUCAGGUAGAUAUCUGGUCAGGAUGUCGCCUAGUGACUUUAUCUUGUCAUCUUACGAGCCCUCUGGCUUCUGGAGAAGAGCUGCCGGGAGAGAUUGAAAGAGACAUUGAUUGAAUCAAUUACAUUUUCAGAACACACUCCCUGAUGACGACUUCUGAAUCCACAAGCAGCUACUUUUUCCCAUCAACAACAGGGCUCAUGACAAGAUGGCGGCUCCACCUCUGGUUUAAGCAGCAACUGCAAAAUAUGAGAAGGAAUGUGUGUCUGUGUGUGG